AUGUCUGACGCUGAGGUACUCGAGUCCACAUCGGAGAGUGCCGAGGCCGGCAACAUCAGUGUCGUCGUACGUAUCCGGUCAUGGCCAGGGAACCAACCGGGCGAGCCUUGCAUCGGGCGAGAGGGAGAUAAUACUAUAGUUAUUGCAGCUAAGGCUGGCAGACACAGUAGCGUCAAAAGCUUUACAGUGCACCAGGUCUUUGACAACAGCGAGCUGUCUAAUGCCACCUUGGCGAGUCAGGAGGCCAUCUUCUCAAAUAUUGGAACCAGGAUUCUUCAAAACAGUCUACGAGGCUUUAAUGGCUGCCUGUUCGCAUAUGGCCAGACGGGCUCCGGCAAGUCGUAUACCAUGCAUGGUGAUCCUGUUAAGUACUCGAGAGAGUAUCGUGGUAUUAUACCUAGGCUCAGUGAGAGCCUAUUCACUGCUGGGCAAAGCUCAGUCAAAGACGUAGUUUCGAAUUUUUCCUUCUCUCAGCUGAGGGUGUGGAUGUCGUAUCUCGAGAUCUACAACGAGCACCUCAGAGAUCUUCUGGCUGUGGAAGACGAUAAUCGAGACCUCACCGUUAUGGAGCAUCCGGGCUUGGGGGUCUACGUCAGAGAUCUCACAGAGAUUCUGCUGCAGACUCCGGUGGAACUCGAAAAGCUACUCCAGCUUGGUAGCAGACGCCGGGCGGAGUCGGUCACUUGCAUGAACCCGCACUCGAGUCGUAGCCACGCAGUUUGCAGGAUUCGCUUGGAGUGUCGUCCGUCAGAGGACGGGCCUAAGCUGCGCUCAUGCAUUAAUUUAAUCGAUCUAGCUGGCAGUGAAAGACAACAGAAAACCAACAGUACGGGCUCUGUACUGAGAGAGGCCAACUCGAUAAAUCAGAGCUUGAGUACACUGGGUAUGGUCAUAAAGCAUCUGACGGAGCGCGGCCCUGGUGCCUCCAGCAAAGGUUCGCAUAAUGCUGCUGCAUCGUCGUGGAUUCCAUUCCGCUCCUCUAAACUGACCUUCCUCCUUAAGGAUUCUCUCGCGGGCAACUCCAAGACCUUUAUGAUAGCCUGCAUAAGCCCAUCACGAACUGAGCUCGACGAGAGCGUUUCCACUCUGCGCUUCGCUGCUGCCGUGCAGGAGGUACGGGUCCCCGCCAAGGUCAACAUCGACAGGAACGAACAGCUGCUCAAAGAUUUGCAACAAGAGAUCGGUAGCCUACGUCGCCAGUUGCAGUCGCAGGAGUCUAAGAGCUUAUCAUCCGAGGUGGCGAUGUUGAAUGAAGAGUUACAGGAAAGAGAGCGGCUCGUGACUGACCUCAGGAGGAGUCACGCGAGCCAACUGGCAGCGUCCAAGGAAAUGUUGCGACUGCGUGAAUCGGCCCUAGCUGACAGAGGCCUCUCCUCAUCUGAGAUCAAUGCCGUGUUCGGUGUUGGUGAUGACACACCGUACAUGCUCAAUGUGUCACAGGACCCGAUGCUGUCGGCCUCUCUCAUCUACUACUUCCAACCCGACACUGUUACUGUUAUAGGAAGCUCUUCUGCUGAGUGUCAAAUGGUCCUCAAGGGUAUCGGCCUGCCCUCUUCACUUUGCCAAGUGGUCAACCAUGCCAAUCAGAGGCUCACCAUAGCACUAACGGCCAGCGGGGUCGAGGCGGGAGGCCGAGUCCUCGUCAACGGCAAAACUGAGAAUGCUGAUGCCCAAGGUGCUCGAUUCGAUGAUUUCGCCAGGGAGAUGAUCCACGAUGACUCCAGUGAGGCCUUCCAGGAGCUCCGUUACUACAUUGAGGAGGUCAGGAACAAGCUGGAUGAGGAGCGGAUGGAAGAGUUUCUCGAGGUCCUUAGAAGCAUCUGCCCUCUGGUGGAUGAGGCCAACGAUAUGACAAGCGAAUUGCGGCCAGAUGCGAACUUGAGGUUCGAAGUGGAACUCAUCUGGGACGUAUACAACUCACCAGCACGGGACUUGGUCGUUAUUCGGCUACUCCAGUUUCACGACUCUGAGGAAGAGGACAACGGCAUCCAUGCUACGGUCCUGUGUUAUUGGAGUGCCCAGAGGUUCCGUCACCAACUCGACGUGAUGCGAGAUCUCUAUCACCGUGUACAGAUGGAUACCGUGGAACGUCAUGAGGUCCGAACUGGUAGCUUCUUCAACACUAUGGAGGGUCGCUUAUUGGAUGCGUGGAGUGACGAGCCGGCUGAUGUGAAGUGA